AUGAGUAGCGACUCCUUUUUCCCUCGUGGAAAACGACGAGGACGCCCUCCCCGAAAGUACAAUGCGGAACUUGUCGGUGAAUUGCAACACGCCGAGCUUGCUCCUAAUGCUUCAGUCAUUGCGCCUUCACCUCCGACCCCAAAUUUCCCCAUCUUCAGAUGUCGUUGGAAAGGUUGCAAAGCACACUUGCACAACUUGGCGACACUACGGCAACACGUAUCAAAAGUCCACCGUCCAUCAAAAGACGAGAUCAAAGUGUUGGGCUUCGUUUGCUGGUGGAAGAAGUGCCAGUACUUGCAAGAGGACAAAGAAGGCGCAAUUCGUCCCGAAAAGACAUUCUCCAGUGUUGAGGGGUGGCUCCAUCAUAUUGAGAAGGACCACCUGUAUCAAAUUGCACUAAAGUAUGGAGACGGGCCAUCGACAACGCAUAUCGGUAAGCAAAGAGUGUCAUCUUUUGAUGUCUCUAGAUGUCGUUACCAUCCUGCACCGAGACAGAAGGCUAGAACGUUUUCUUACUUAGAUCCCCAGACGAUCCUCCGGGACAGAGCCCGAUACCUCUCUGACGAAAAUGAACGAGUUACAACCCCAGUAAUUCCGCUACACUUUUCGGAAGACUUUGAACCGGAUACUAUGACCCUCCUCAAAGCCGACCACGACGAUGCUGAAGCACAAGCCCAGCACAGUUUCAUGAAGACACAUCGUCAAGAGAAGAGCACUCCCAAGGCUGUUGCAGAAGAGACACUACGAGCAAUGGUAGCAUGGAAGGCCAAAGUUGGACCCGGCAUUGAUCGAGGUGGAUGUAUCCUGGUCAACGAAGCUAGAAGAGCAACGUUGCUUCAGAACCCGGGGAUCGCCAGAGUUGUCGAUGCCAAUUAUUGA